AUGAGUGCGCUCGCAGAACUGUUUCCGUUGGCUGCGAUGCGGGAGGAGGCGGCGGCGGUGCGGCUGCAGGGGGCGUACAGGGGGAGGCUGGGGAGGCGAAAGCUAUGGCGGAAGAGGAAGCUACACACUCACCAGCUCGAGACCAAAGCCGCCAUCAUCAUUCAAUGCGCCAUCAGAGUUCACCUGGCAUGGAAGCGAGCACGGAGGCAACGAGCGCUUGGUAGCUACCUCAAGUUCAUCAGCAACCUCCGCCCUUCCCUUGUGGGCAUGAGCACAGAGAGCGUUGAAGCCUUUGCUGCGGUGAAGAUGCAAGCAGCUUGGAGGCGACGAAAGGCUUGCAUGUUCUCUAAGAAGAUGAAGGGGGCGAGGGCGUAUUAUCAGCGACUGCGAAGUAAAAAUGACGGUCGGACGUUCACGUUGGAAGAGGUCAACGAUUUGGCAGCGACCAAGAUGCAGGCGUUAUGGAAAGGAAACAAUGCUAGGAGAAUGAGAGCGCAGCUUGCAAGAGAGAAGGAGAAGCUGAGGACUACGCUCGCUGUGAUCAAGAUGCAAAAGUUUGCGAGGGGUUGGUUAGCAAGGAAGCACGCCAAACAGAAGAAGGACGAGCAGAAGAUGCGGCGAUUGGGGAACUUCUUCAAGAACGCUUGCUUUCUCAAGUGCUGGAUGACGUGGGCGAAGUUCACGGACGAGGGGAUUCACUUCAAGGUGGUGGUCGGACGGACGUUGGGUCGGUGGUUGAACAUGGGGCUUGUGCGAUGCUUCAACGCGAUGGUGGAAUACGCCAAGAGGAAGACAAGCAAGAGACAGAAGGUGCACAACGCGGCUCUGAUGAUGGCGAAGCGAGAGAUGGGCCCUCGUGAUCGCAUGUGGGAGUUUUGGGCUGACUACAUGGACGACCUGAGAGAGCUGUGGGGGAAGGUGAAGGAGAAGUGCAACAGUUUCUUGCAUCUGCUGGCGGGAAACUUCGUGAAGUUGGCGUUUGCUGAGUGGGAGAGGCUGAAGAGUGAGAACCAGAAGGCCAAGAGGAGGAGGACUCACUACAGGCAGUACACCACCUGGAAGGCUUGGAAGCAAAUCGUCGCUGAGUUUCAAGGGCUGAAGAACGUGCACAAGCGGUUGAAGCAGCGGUGGACGGAGGUGACGAUGAGGCACUAUCUGCACGAGCUGGCUGGAAACAUCGACGAGCUGCUCUACAACCGCUCGCUGGUCGGCGACGCCAUCCUGGUAUGGCAGAACAAGACCGUCAUCCACGCCUUCCGUGCCCUCGACGAGCACGCGCAAGAGCAAAUCCACUACAGGAAGACGGUCGAGCGCUUCCGCAUGCGGUACCAGCUGCGAGGAGCGAUGCCGCUGAUUCGAGGAUGGCAAGAAUUCGUGCAGAUGAAGCAGGAGAGGAAGGCGACGGUCAGACAAGCGUUGCUGGCGCUAUACAGGAAGCUUGUGCAGUCCUUGUGGAACUUGUGGAAGAACAUCAUCCGAGACAGAAAGCUGGCAGAACGUGAGAUGGCAGCAAAAGGCAGUCGAACGCUCCUGAGAAUCGCCAAGAGGCCGAUGGUGAAAUGCUUCGAGGGUUGGAAGAAGACGUACGAAGAGAACAAGAGGAAUCGCGAGAUCUUCUCCCACAUCUCCUACCGCUGGAAGAACGCCAACGUUGUCCUGACCUUCAACAACUGGGUGACGCUGGUGGACAUGGAGGUGGAGCAGCGAGAAGAAGCGCUGCGGGAGGCUGUGAUCCAAGCCAUGCAGGAGGGCAACUUGGGGACGCUGCUGAUGACGGCGAAGAGGCAGAAGAACAAGUACAGAAGAGCGACCCUAGAGGAGGUGACGAGGAGGGUGUUGGAAGAGGAGCAGACGCAACUCGCAACGGUUGACGCCCACAACGCUCGCGCGUUGCAAAGUCAACGACCUGAGGUAUCCAAACGUGCCAAGAAGCAGAGCGUGAAGAAGAGCUCCCAGCUCAAGCCCAGCCACCCCUGGGCCUCCUCCUACGUCCCCCAGCAGGAGAACGUCCAGCUGCAGCAUCAGGCCGUCAGGGCUCGCGAGGGAGGGAGCAAGAUCGCUCAGAUCCUUCCCCCCUACCUCAAGCACGAGGAGCUCGGUAAGCUCAAGCUGCGCCCUGCCAGCAGCGACCCUCCGGUUCACAAGGUGAGCUACGCGCUAGAGGAGGAGGAGCGGGGGAUGUCGCGAUGGGAGGACGGAGUGGAGCAAGCGCUUGCUGCGACGAUGCCGACUCGGUUCACCGCGAGCAGGACGAUGAGUCCGAACGAGCUCUCCUCCUUCCCGCUGCUAGGGUACGAAGCGGCGCUGCCGAACCGAUCGAGCGAGGCCGUGAAGGUGAACCUGGACAAGUUCGAGUCGCUGGCGAGGAGAAACACGCGCGGACUGUUCCCUCCCAUCAAGCCUGAGCUCGCGUGGCCCUCGGGCGACACGGAGGACGCGAGGGCCAACAACUUGGAGAGCACGAGGAUGAGCAGCAGCUUCUCGCUGCCUCCCGUGACGCCCGUGGCAGUGAGCAUGCCGGAGAUGAUAGAGGACUGAAGGGGAGGAAGGGGGAGGUGAACGAGGGGGGGGAGGAGUUCUGGUGUACAUAGAGCAACAUAAAGAAACAUGAUUCACUCUC